GUAGUCAAUAUAUAGAAUGGCAUAAAAAAAGAGGAAGGGAAGAAAUGUCAGAGAUAAUGUAGUUAAAAUAAGAGGAAAUUCUAUAUUAAUAAAAGAAGUUUACAGUUGAACUUGAUGAAAAUAGAAUGAAAAUUGAAAAUAUUUAUGUAGUAGAAAGUAUUACUCCUUUGAACAAAUUAAGAAAGGAAAGUUUACAGUUGUUUGUCAUCUAAUUAAUUUUUACGAAAUAAGAUAGGAAACAUAGUGAUGUAAGUAUAUUAAAUUAAUUUAUAGGCGAAAAUCUAAGGUAGAAAAUAACGAGUAUGCUUACAUAAAAAGUUGAGGAGAGAUCAGAGAAAAGGAUUUUACAAUAAAGAAAUUAAUAGUUUAGAGCUACUUUGUGAAUGUAAUAGAAAAAGUUAACACCUUAAGAAUACAAUCUAAAUUUAGAUGAGGAGAGAAAAUGAAUAUAAAAAAAUUAGGGGAAAGUGUCCCUUGUGAUUGAUUUGAAU